GCUGGAGGGUCAGCCAUCGUUUUAUUGCGAUCGCAAGGCGAAAACUACGACGGCGCGAGUGCCACGGCUCAUCGGGCGCAACGAGCAUCGUCCGUUCAUGGGUCGCUUCUCGCGGGGGUUUAUCCGCCCGGAGGGGCCUGCCUCUCUCCACUCGCUCCGUGCGUGCUGGGGGGCGGCAGCGGCGCCAGUUCUGCUUUGAGAAGUCGCUUCGCGUCGUCAGCCAUAGCGGUGACGUCAUCGCUUCUUCUCGAAGUUUCUGCCACGUGACCCGGCGGGGGCCCCCCCUCCGUCUGCGCCACGUGACUGCGCGCGACCAAUGGGAGGCGAGGACGGGACGGGGGGAGGGGCGAGUGUCACGCCCAGUGGAGGCGGCGGUGAGCGCCGCCAUGACCGUCGCGGAGGCUCGGGGACGUUCCGAGCCGAGACUCGGAGGCGAACGCGAGUGGACGGCGGCGGACGCCAUCGAGCGAAGAGAAACUGCCAAAGGAAUCUAUCGCCGAGGGGAAAGCCGGGCAAGGAUUUUGGCGCGACACUGGCACGACGAAGGGCGGGGCCAUGAGGACGAGAGGGGGGGCGGGGCCACGUCGACUGGUCGCGGCUUGGGCCCCCCCCCUCCGCUGCACGCCACGUGACCCGGUGCGAGCCAAUGGAAGCGCGCCAUGACGGGACGACCCCCGUAUAUAAGCGGCGCUCGCGGGCAGCGCCAUUGUAGGGGCGGCCUGGGCUGAGGCAGCGCAGCCCCUCGCGUCAUCCAAGUCGUCUCAUGAACGUGCACAGCCAUCCGGCGCCACGGAGUUGUCCUUCCGCGAGCCGCGGCGGCGACGCACGGUCACAGGGCGAGCUUGGCAACGGCAUGAACGGGAUGGUGAUGGGCGACGCACCGAGCGGCGGGGGCAAGCGGAUCCGCAAGCCCUCGCUGCUCUACGAGGGCUUCGAGGGAGCGCCGGUGACGGCGGCGCCACGCGGCGCUGCCACGGCGGCGGCCGUCGGCGGCGGUGGCGGCGCCCGAAAGCCACCGGCGGCUGCCUCGCAGGGCGGCGCCGGCGCACCAAGCCCCCAGCAGCCGGAGACGGCGAACCCCAACAAGCCAGGGCGGCUGACGAACCAGCUGCAGUAUCUGCAGCGCACGGUCAUGAAGGCGCUGUGGAAGCACCAGUUUGCGUGGCCGUUCAACGUGCCUGUCGACGCCAACGCGCUCCACCUGCCGGACUACCACAAGAUAAUCAAGCAGCCAAUGGACAUGGGAACCAUCCGCCGGCGCCUGGAGAACAACUACUACUGGAGCGGCGGCGAGUGCAUCCAGGACUUCAACACCAUGUUCACAAACUGCUACCUGUACAACAAGCCCACGGACGACAUUGUGCUAAUGGCACAGACGCUGGAAAGGCUCUUCCUGCAGAAGGUGGCGCUCAUGCCACAGGAAGAGGUGGUGCUGGCCUCGCCGGGACCCAAGGCCGUCAAGGGCAAGAUCGGACGCAAGCCCGUCAUGGCGCCGGUGAUCCCGGCAACGCCGGCGGUGGUGCGAACUCCUCUCCCACCGCCACCACCGCCGCAGCAGCCGCCGCCCCCCCGCGCCACCCCCACCGCAGCGGCCCUUCCCGUGAUGCAGCCUCAUCCUGUCGGCAAGACAAAGAAAGGCGUGAAGCGGAAGGCCGACACGACCACGCCGGGCCCGGCAACGCCAUCAACCGCACCGCCGCUGCCCCCUCCGUCGCCGUACCUGGCGCCGGUGCCCUCGCUGACCUCCACGCCGAUCGCGGUGGCCCCGGCGCUACCGCCCAUCACCGCCACCAUCAUGACCUCGGCCGCCAAGCCCAUGGCCGCCGACUCAAAGGCCGCCAAAAUCCCGGCACGGCGGGAGAGUGGCAGGCCCAUCAAGCCUCCGCGCAAGGACCUGCCGGAUUCGCAGCAGCAGCACCAGACCAGCAAGAAGGUGGGGAGAGGGGGGCGACAGUGCCAGGUGAAGCUGUCGGAGCAACUCAAGCACUGCAACGGCAUCCUGAAGGAGCUGUUUGCCAAGAAGCACGCGGCGUACGCGUGGCCCUUCUACAAACCCGUCGACGCUUCCAUGCUGGGCCUGCACGACUACCACGACAUCAUCAAGCACCCCAUGGACCUCAGCACCAUGAAGAAUAAGAUGGACAACCGGGAUUACCGGGAUGCGCAGGAGUUUGCUGCGGACGUGCGGGUCAUGUUCUCCAACUGCUACAAGUACAACCCGCCGGAUCACGACGUCGUCUCCAUGGCGCGCAAGCUGCAGGACGUGUUUGAGAUGCGCUUCGCCAAAAUGCCGGACGAGCCCCCGGAAGCGAAUCUCUCGCUCACCGUACCCUCGCCACACUCAGGCGGUGGCAGCAGCGGCCGCCGCCACCACCACCACCAUCACCACCACCACCAACAGCAGCAGCAGCAGCUCCAGCUUCAACUGCAGCAGUUCCAGCAGUUGCAACAGCUGCAACAACUACAGCAGCAGCAAUUGCGGCCCGACAACAGCAUGGGGGACCACCGGGGCGACGAGGACGACUCGAUGUCGUCCUCUUCCUCGUCCUCUUCCUCCUCGUCGUCGAGCAGCGGCAGCGAGAGCUCGGGCAGCGAGAGCUCCGACUCGGAGGAGGAGCGAGCCAACCGAUUGGCGGAGCUGCAGGAGCAGUUGCGAGCCGUGCACGAGCAGCUGGCGGCGCUGUCGCAGGGCCCCAUCUGCAAGCCCAAGAAGAAGGAGCGCAAGGAGAAGCGGCGCAAGAAGGAGAAGCUGCGCGAGCGGGAGCGCGAGCGGGCGCGCAAGGACGAGGACUUCAGGCCCAACACCGCCAAGGGAGGUGUCAAGGGAGGUGGGAGUGGAGGCGGCGGAGGAGGAGGAGGAGGUGGCGGCGGCGGCGGUGGUGGUGGUGGUGGUGGUGGAGGAGGAGGCGGCGGUCAGAAGAAGGGUGGUGGUGGGCGGCGCGGCACCACGGGAGGCGGAAACGGCAAGGUCACCUUCCGACCCUUGGCCAGACCGUCCAAGAAGGCGAAGGCGGCGGCUGCGGUGGUGCCCCCGUUUGACUCUGAUGAGGAGGACGAGGCAAAGCCGAUGUCGUACGAUGAGAAGCGGCAGCUGAGCCUUGACAUCAACAAGCUGCCCGGGGACAAGCUGGGCCGUGUCGUGCACAUCAUCCAGGCGCGCGAGCCGUCCCUGCGGAACUCAAAUCCCGAGAUCGAGAUCGACUUUGAGACUCUGAAGCCGUCGACGCUGCGCGAGCUCGAGCGCUACGUCAUGUCCUGCCUCCGCAAGAAGCCACCGGUGAAGAAGACCGCCGGCAAGAGCCGGGAGGAGCUGGCGCUGGAGAAGAAGCGGGAGCUGGAGAGGAGGCUGCAGGAUGUGAGCGGCCAGCUCAACCCCACCAAGAAGCCGCCCAACAACAACAACAAGAAGAAGGCGGACAAGCCGGUGGAAGCGCAGGGGCCCGGGGUGGCGUCGCGUCUCUCCUCCUCGUCGUCCUCCUCCAGUUCGGGCAGCUCCAGCACCUCCAGCGGCUCCAGCACCUCCAGCGACACCAGCGACUCGGACUCCGGCUGACUCCUUCCCCGUGUCCGGGCAUCACUAAUUCCACCGCCCGCCCCCCAACCCCGUUCUGGUCGUCGGCGGACGACGUCGGCGCCAGCGUCGCCGGUCCUGUCGGCGACGACCAAAGGAGCGCAAGGAGACUGCCGUGCCGAGCCGGCGCCCGCCGGCGGCGGCGGCUUGUGCCGACCGGUGGAGACGGCAGCGCCCACCUCGACUCGCCCGUGCGCCGGCCGGCCGGCCUGGUGACCGCCCGCUCGCCCGUGACCGCCCCGGCUCGAUACGGUGGCAGGGAGGGUGCACGUCGGGAUUGGGGCCGACCGACGCGCCGGUGCGGAGUGGACGACUGCUCGCCGCCGCCGCCGCCGCGCCCAUCGGCGGAGGUGUUAUUGCCGUCGUCGUCGUAGUUUUAUUUAAUACUUUAUGAAAGAACUGCCAUGCGUUUUUGCUGCGAUCGACGGGACUGGGAACUCUCUCGCGGGUUGUUUGGGGUGGUGGGUAAAAAAAGAGAAAUCUUCGUAAUGGCGAGAGGAGGAGGAGAAACGAUGAGACUUUUACAACUCUGAGCGAGCGCAGAUGGACGACAAACGCCAACGAUGAGCGAAGAUUUGAGAUCCCUGGCAUCCUAAGCCCAGUGUGGGAACCGCGGGGUCACACCCCCUACCCCCUCCCCCCUCGUGUUUUUCUCCUCCAACUGCAUCCGCCGUCACCGCCGAGCAGGAGACGCACUGGGAAGUGGACCACGUGGCGGCGGUUUAGAAAUCGACAGCCCCCCCCCCCCCUCCGCGAUUUGAGAGAGAGGGCGGGUGACGAACCCAGGCCCGCUGGGCCAUUGAGACAAAAUGUGGUCUUUGUGGAAGUUGCUGCGGAGGAGACUCAAAGAAGCCGUGGCGCUGGGAGAGGAGGAGGAGGACCUUGGGACGCGAAUCGACACAGCGAGAGACGUCAUCCCGGGAGUGUGUCCAGGAUCCGGUGGCGGCAGCUGCUGCUGCGAGGGCUGUGGAAGCGUGCGUUUUAGCUGCGCGAGGAGCCGGUGCCAGCGUCGCUGCUCACCCCCCCACCCCCCACCGCCACCGUGUACAGACGGUGCUCGCUCGCCCCUCGGACUCUCCACCGGUGCUGGGGGGGGGGGGUCUGCACGCCAGCGGAGAGAGCGGCGGGGAGGGACCGGUUGGUCUAAUUUCUGUUAACUCGCGUUGACCUUCAGGUGUUUUCCCCGUUGUUGUUGUCGCUGCUCGGAACGUGAACAUUUGUCAAAUAAAGGCAUCGUGAAUGGCGGUCGAUGCGAGCCGACGAGGUGGCGACCUUCACUGGGGGGGUUGUUCCCGUGACGCCACGUCAGUAGACCACUCCGCCACAUUCACCGGGAGGGGGGGGGGGGCGCAGAGAGUUGUUCCCAUUGGCUGGCUGCGUGUGGGGCGGCUGUUGGGAUUCUGUGUGCGGUAAUGUGCACGGCGUUGCCUGCGCUUGCUUCCUGUGCCAGCCACUUCGCUUGGAUUCGGUUCAUGAUUCCCCGCUCGGAGGUUCCAAGUUGUGUGGAGGAGCAUGACGACCGAUGUCUUCGUUGCGUUCUCGGUGCUAAGUGUCAAAACGUCGCCGCGCGGUUGACUUUAAAGUGACCGCGAGAAAGAAUCCCCUUGAGAGUUUAGAACGCUUCUAUGUAAACGCAUAGAAUUACUUAACAGUUUACACUUCUGCUUUGUGUUCACCGGAGGGAGAUCUUCCCGGGGCCCUGUGUGUUCUUGUCAACUUCCCUGCCACGCCGGCGGCCAGCAAGGCGUAGCGACGCGUGUUUGUGUUGACGUUGCGUUACGGGGGUAAGGGGGAGAUGGGAUUGUUUGUACAUUUGCGAUUGGGGGGAGAGGGCGGGAGGGUGGGUGGGUUUGUACAUUAGCGGGGUAAGCAUAUGUGUAGAGUGUGCGUGUAAAGACGUGUCCCAUGCCUGCGCGUGAAUGGUGGUGUGCCGUUAACUGUGCCGGCGUUUUUUAAGCUGAGGACGGGUGACGGGAGGGGGGGCUGAGAAGGGAGAUGAGAGAGAGACUUUGACACCAACUUUCCCCGGCACACCGCCAUAAGUUCCCACCUUCACCCCCCCGCUCCCCUCCCUCGCCGGAUUGCCGACAGACGCCGCGUUUGCCCGGCUGCGAUGCUCGUGUCGAUGUGGCGAGCCUGUGUACAGGACGCGUUAGCCGGCCACGGUGAGGGGUUCGUGUUGAGGGGGGGGGGCUGUGUCCACACAACCGUUGCCGCCGCAUGUCCCCCCACACCCUUCGUAGGAGCUUCCCCCACCCCCCCCCCCUCUUUAUUUAUUUCAUUUCCUCCGAAUGCUGGUGGCUGAGUUUUGUUCCUCCGGUUCUUUGUCCGUUGUCGUUUUUUUUAUUGACAAAUAUUCUGGCUUUUAUGUUUUAAUAUAAAAAACAACAACUCAACAAA